GCAUCUAAAAUUUGGCAAAGAUUUCACAUCAAUUUUAAGGAAAAGAUGAGUGCUAAUUCUUCAGCAACUCCCAUCAACAACAGAUUAGCAGGUAAGGUAGCGUUAAUAACCGGUGGUGCAAGUGGCAUCGGUGAGACCACUGCAAGACUUUUUGUUCGACAUGGGGCUAAGGUCCUUAUAGCAGAUGUCCAAGAUGAGCUUGGCCACUCAGUCUGCAAAGACGUUGGCUUUGAUUCCAUCUCUUACAUCCAUUGUGAUGUAAGAAAUGAAUCUGAUGUUGAAAAGGCUGUGGACAUGUCUGUAUCCAAGUAUGGAAAGCUGGACAUCAUGUUCAAUAAUGCUGGCAUUUCAGGCAACAUGGUAUCACAAAUUUUAGAAUCAGAAAACGAAGAUUUCAAAAGGGUUUUAGACGUCAACGUUUUCGGUUCUUUCUUGGGUGCCAAGCAUGCUGCUAGGGUUAUGAUUCCAGCAAAGAAAGGAAGUAUUCUCUUCACCUCAAGCAUGGCUUCAGUACUGGCCGGUGAUAUUCCACAUUCAUAUGCGGCAUCAAAGCAUGCUGUGGUGGGAAUGGCUAAGAACUUGAGCGUGGAGUUGGGACAAUAUGGAAUAAGAGUUAAUUGUGUGUCUCCUUUUGCAGCUGCAACUCCUAUGCUAAGAAAAGCUAUGGGGGAGAUGGAGAAGAAUAAGGUAGAGGAUGUGGUUUCAUCAUGUGCAAACUUGAAGGGAGUAGUAUUGGAGCCUGAAGAUAUUGCUGAGGCAGCGCUGUAUUUGGGGAGUGAUGAGUCUAAGUAUGUGAGUGGGAUGAACUUGGUUGUUGAUGGAGGUUAUAGUCUUACCAAUCCAGUUUUCUCAAAUGCACUAAAAAACCUUUUUUCUUGAUAUGUAUCAAUGUAUGUGUUGCAAGUUGCAACUAUCACCUCCAUUUCUCUAUUUUGUAUGUUUAUUUUAGUGUUAUCUUAAGAGUGAUGUUAAAGUCAAGUACCAUAAUUUAAUGGCAUUGACAUUGACUAUUAUCAUUUAUAAAAAG